GCCGCGUAAAUUUAACUUCCGCGGCAUAUGUGAUGGGAAAUUAAGAGGGGCGGACUUGGUCAGCAAAAGGCAGCUAUUUCCCUCUAAUUUUACCUUCAAAUGUAAUUCGCUUUUCUUUCUUUGGCUCCCGGAAAGAAUCCAGAAAGCAAACUUGGAAAAAGAAAAAGAUUUUUAUUUCUUGAUUGCAAAAGCAAUACUUACUCAAUAUUUUGGCAUUUGAUCAUUUUUUUAUAUAAUUCUUUAGUUUUUGUGAAAGUGCAUUUUUCUUUUUCAAGGAUUAUUUCUGGGUACACGUUGCUGUAUUUAUAAUAUUUGUAUAUACAGAAAGGAUGGACUGGUCUGCUACUUCUGCUACAAAGGCUUAUCUUGAUACCCUCAAACUGUGUGGCGAUCACAAGAGGAGAUGUGGGUCGUGGAUGAGCCGAGAACCAGGGAGCAACGAAUUCAUAUCAGCAAUAGCAGCAGGAAUGAAAGCUAAACUCAUAGUGGAAGUCACAUACGGUUUAUCACCAUCAACUGUGGCCUUAGCAACCGCCGCCAGACAUAGCGGGGGCCGCCUAGUGUGCAUUCUUCCAGAGCCAGUUCUUGCAGAAGCCAAGAAAGUAAUUAAAGAUUCGGGUCUUAAAGAUUUGGUAGAAUUCAGGACAGGUGACCCAUGUCAGCUAUUGCCAGAUUACGAGAACAUAGAUUUCUCUCUUGUGGAUUGCAAGAAUGAUGAGUAUACAAGGUUGCUAAAAUUGAUAGAUGUUAAUCCUACAAGAUCAGUGGUGGUGGCAAACAACUUGGUGGGUGGGAAGAAAGGGUUGGGAGGACAGAUUAUUAGCAGGGGAGUCAUGAAAGACAAGGAUGAACUUGUUGUGAGGUCUACUAAGCACCCGGUUGGGAAAGGAAUGGAGGUAACUAUGAUCGGUAAAUCUAAUGCUAUUGUUAAGAGAAACCGCGCCGGGGGAGGAAGGGGAGGAGGAGAAUUUGAUUUUUCAUCUGAAAUGAGGGGUAGUACUGCCAUGAUAAAAAAUGCUGCCAAGAGCAGAUGGAUUGUGAAAGUUGAUCAAGUGAGCGGCGAGGAACAUAUCUAUAGACUGCCUAAAAGACAAUCUUUACUUAAUUAAAGAAGCAAAUGAUCAUUCCUGACGCCCCUUUUAAGUACACCUCAAAUUCCAUGUCAAGUGAAAAUCAGGGUCCUGUGCAUGCGAUGGGAGCUCUGGCAAAGGUUUAUUAUAGGACAAAGAAAAUUUGUGGGUUCAUCAGAGGCGACCCGGCUCAUGUUCUUCAAUCCUCUAGCCUCACUGUGGCUCUUGACAAUGCUUUUUAAAGUUGUAUUCAUUUGGUCCAUUGCAUCUCAUGCAGGCAACAUUUCUCCUAGUUAUUACCUGAAGGCUGUGCAAGUGAAUUAAAUGCCAAUUGUAUAUAUAAAUAUAUACAUUUAUUUUUUAAUAUAUAUAAAUAGCACCUCAAGUACAAAGAAGGUUAUUAGGAUGCUUUAUAUUGCAUCAAUAAUGAUUUCUAUGAGACAAUGAUAGAUCAUGGGUCUACUUAUUAUUGUUAUUCUAAAGAGAAGCUUUUGUAAGAUCAUAUUCUUAAAAGAAAACUUUGGGCUUGAUUCAGUUGCUGUACCUACUUGUUAAUCAAAUAAUAUGUA